UGUCAAAUUUUAUAUGUCAACAACAGUCAAUCAAUGAAUCUGCUUGGAUUUCGAUUUCCGAUAAAGUUUUUCGCGAAAAACUUCGAGAAAUACGAAUUCCGCAUUAAAAUAAUGAUCUCACAUAUGAUCUGAUUAUUUUAUUUUUAAGAACCGACACAGUAUUAAAUAAGAAACGCCUCAGUAUUACUUGAAAAUGGUGGACUUGAGCGGCGGCCACGACGGUCCCUUGGAGCAUGCGUUUUCCAACAGCGUUUUUAUAAUUCCUGGGAUUAUCGUGAUCAGUUUAUCUGAAAAUGGCGGAUGAGUUUGACGAAUUCGAAACAGCUGACGAAGCGCCAGCUGGCGCUGUCAAUUUUGGCGCGGCCGUAAGUCAAUCGCUAUCGAAAACCAUAGAGAAUAUGGAUUUGAUGUCCGUCCUUCAAAAAAUGGUCGCCACAACGCCGGAAGACGAGGACUCAGAAGAGAUACGUGGAAAACUAAAGGGGGUUUUAGAGAAAUUCAACUCCAUGAAUGAGGAUGAGAAAAUAGCUUUUACUAAACAAGUUAAAGACGGUUUAGUUAGUAAGAUAAGUGCUAAGCUGCAGGACCCAAAUGCAAUUAAUUUGGGAGGUUUAGAGGAUGCUAUCAGAGAGGCCGUGGUUACCAAGCUUAUUAUGGUGGGAGUUGUGGCUCUUGUCAUAUUUUUACUUGUUGUUUUCUUCGGCUACAAACUGUACAAGUCAAUAAAGGAGAAAGAGAAAAAGAAAGAAGAGAAGAAGAAGGCGAAACAAAUGAAGAAGAAGAAAUGACCAUCACAUUGAAUCACUGGGCGUAUCGACAAACGUUAUUGUAAUGCUUACGAAAUUGGUAAUUUUAUUUUAGAAUCAAUGAAAUCGUAAUACAUUUACGAUUUCAUUGAUUCUAUUUGGCAAAUGAACCUUAUUUCCAACAACGAAAAUCCCGACUUUCAACAUAUAAAACCUUACUUUCAACAACAAAAAACCUUACUUUACCGCAAAUACCUUUUUCAUCAAUAAAUGGGUCGGUGUUUGCGGCAGCAAAUAAUAUGUGUCAAUCCAAUACAUGACUCGAAGUAUAAUUUUUAUAUUUUUGUCAUUUUGACUACUUUGGCUAAUAUUUAAUAGAUAAUACCAAAAAAUAAGUCUUUCAGACAUGAUAAAACUACGAGCGAUUAAGUCCAUUCAGUUUAAAAUUGCGUUAUUAGAAAUCAGUCUUUUGAUUUGCAUAUAAUUACGGGAAUAUAUUACGAAAUUGUGUAAUGAUUAAAAAAUUAUGGUUAUCGUCUUACGUUCUUUUUUAAAAUUCUACUUUUUUUUCGUUCCGUUUUUUCUUUAAUAAUUAAUAUUUGAUAAAUUAUGUAGCAUUUAAACCAAUUUCCAAGGCAUUACAAUAAAAAUAAAAUGACUGAACUAAAAGAAUUGUUAGAUAGUGUAAUUAAUUUUUAUUUUUGUUGUAUUUGUAAUUAUAUAUCAUGUGUAUGUGUCAAGUAUAUAAUGCUUUUAAAUGCCAUGUGAUUGAUAAAUGCAAUAUAAAAUGCAUCUUGAAUGCAUUACAUACACACUAUACGAUUCUAACAAGACAGUUUUACACCAGAAAGUCAUUUAAACUCUGUUUUUUCUUACAAGUAUUGUUAUGUAAUAAAUCUUAACAAGAUUAUUUUUCAUUUACAUCAAUCUAAAAUAUAAAUAGAUAUAUAUAUAAAUAGACAUUAUAAAAGACACGGAAUGACUGACUGACAUAUCAACGCACAGCCCUUACCGCUGGGCCUAGAAACUUCAUAUUUAGCACCUUAUGUGGUCUAGGGGUGCACUAAGAAAGGAUUUUUCAAAAUUCAUACUCUAAAGGGGUAAACAUAAAAGUUUGUAUGUGAAAACCAGAUUAGUUAACUUGUUUUGUAUGAAACUUUACAUAUCACACGGGCGAAGCCGCGGGCUAAAACUAAUAUAAAUUAAAAUUGUCAUUUCUUUCGUGGUCAACUGGUCAAUAUGUAUGUGUGAUUUAUUUUCAACAAUGUAACGUGAAGAUUGGUUACCUAUCAGUUAAGAAAAAACGGGAGUGUACAUGUAAUAGUUUAAAAGCGGCGUUGUACGAUGUACAGUCAGCUGCACUUCAACUUACUUAAAUUAAUUGAAAUUUCGCCUUUAUUACCGCUGCAUAAAUAUCAAUAAUGUGUAACGUGACAUUCGGUUGGCUGUACUAUAAUAAAAGUUUAACAAAAUGAAUCAUUUAAACAUAUUCCAAAACCGCCACUGAUAUGUGUAAAUUGCAUUUUUCAAUCACAUAUACUAGAAAUGUAUACCUAUGUAAUAAGUUUUAAAGUGCCAACAUUGUUGGUCUUAUAUAUUCUUACUAAAUACAAUCCUAACUAAUAUAAAAAAUGCGGAAGUGAGUCUGUUUCGUCUUCACGCUGUAUCUACUAAAGAUAACUAUAUAUUUUUGCAAAACUUUCAUAUAGUUAUAAUUGGUUAUUUGACUGGGUAAAGAAUAAAAUAAUAUACUUUUAGAUAAUCAAAGACGUGAAUUCAAUAUCUCUUUAUCUAUUUUGGUAAUUAUACGAUUUACUAUUUUAGAAAUAAUAUUUGACUCCACAAUUGUGAAUUCACAGGAUAUCACUGUCAUACAAGCUCCGUAGAAUUUUUUGUGUUAUGGCUCCAUCGUACGCGAAAAUGAUGAUUUUGCCAACGUCAAGAUUGAGAUUAAUACGGUAGACCUAUAUAAAUAUUGAAACACGAUUCAGUGUGUAAUCUAAAAUAUAAAUAUAUAGUUUUUUACAUUAAAAACAUCUAAUUUGAAUAAUUGGAUAAUAAUUGCAAAAGUGCAGCAAUAAUAGAUAACUGCAUAAUCGGUGAGCAAAAACAGUGUCACAUUGACGCUGCUAAAAUUUAUGUUUAAGAAAAUUACUUAGAAGAAGAGAUACUCAACCAAUAUUCUAGAAAUUUCGCUACCAUAUGGAUAAAGGUACCUCAGACGGUUUUCUGUAUGUGUUUUUAUUUUUGAUCUGAACAGUUUUUGAGUAGCUGCAGACCUACCAUCAACUUUUACAGAACGAUUCUAAUGCAACUCAGUUCAAUUUAGGAACCCAAAUUUAAUCGCAUUCAUACAAAAAAUUUAAGUCGAUGGUACGAAUUUGCGAUGCAGUUCAGUUUAGUUUAGCAGAAAUGUAACAAAAAAUCGACCUUAGGUACUUGUCAUUAGAUAGAAUAUGGGAAAACAUAGGCCACCUUUAUCUAUCUAUUCAUGAAAAUACUUUUCACUUGUCAUCUUGUGAUCACACACACAAUCCGCGCGAUCGGAGUCGCAGGCAAAAGCUAGUACAAUAAAUUUUAAGUACGAAUAUAUUAGUAUAAUACACAUUAUAAUAGUACCUAGAUAUUUUAUUUUACAGAAUAUUAUCAAAAAUAUUUUUGACAUCUUUAAUACUCUAAUCUAUUAGGAUUUCUUGUAGGUAUAGUAUUUUUAUUAUGGUAUUUGAGCCCAAUGACAUCGCAGGAAUGGCACAAACUUCUAUUAUAAACAUUCCAUGUAUAAUUGUUCUGUUUUAAAAAUAUAAUUUAUUUUUUCAUGA